UCUCUAGAUUUUUUGUAGUUUUUUUUUUUCUAUAUUUUCAUUUUUAUUUAUAUUUUUUCUCUUUUCUAAGACUUAAAGAGUUAAUUGUUUGGCCGUGGAACUUACUUCAUAGAUUUGGUGGACUUGACUUACUUGUCAAGUCUUUUUUGUUCUUCUUUCUAGAAUUGUAGAAUUUAAAUGGACCAUAAAUGCUUUCCGUGGAAAAUUCAAGUUGGAAAUUGGAUUUUCUGGAAAUUUUUAACUCCAUAUACUUGGUUGACUUGACUUGACUUGACCUCCUUGUCAAGUUCCUUUGAUGUUCUUUCUACACGUCGAAUUUCAUUCAUACAUAUGAAUGCUUUCUGUGGAAAAUUCAAGCUGGAAAUUUAAAUUGGCGUCUUCGAAGAAAUUUCCUAAUGCUUGAUGUGGUAGAAAACACUUUUCUUUAACUUUAUAUAUUAGGUGUUGGUAGCAAUGAUCAGUACGCAACCAUGAAAGCAGUUACAAUUUCCUUGUUUGGGUUUCUUCUUGUCAUCGCAGCCGCUAUUAUUAGCUUUUGUGAUGGGAAUUCCAAUGUGCUUUGCAUUGGAAGUGAGGGGCAAGCCCUUUUGACGUUCAAGCAAGACCUCAUUGAUCAAUCAAACAGGCUAUCUUCUUGGGUUGUAGGUGAGGAUUGCUGUGAAUGGCAUGGUGUUUUCUGCAAUAGCCUGACUGGCCAUGUUAAAGAGCUGCAUUUGGGGCUUCUUUCAAGUAAUCCUGAUGCUUAUGCACCGGCUGCUGAAUGGGAUGCUUACUUUCGAUCAAAGUUAGGAGGCAAAAUAAAUCCAUCUUUGGUCGAUUUGAAACAUCUCAGUUUCCUAGACUUAAGUAAUAAUGAAUUUGGAGACCUGGCAAUUCCCGAAUUCAUUGGUUCGAUGAAGAGUUUGACGUAUCUUAACCUCUCUUGGGCAAAUUUCCAAGGAGCAAUUCCCCAUAAUCUUGGAAAUCUCUCAAAACUGCAUUAUCUUGAUCUUGGACACAAUUCCUUACUUGAAGCUAAAACUCUUCAAUGGGUUUCUGGUCUUUCAUCUCUGCAGUAUCUUGGUUUGAGCCUUGCAAAUCUUAGUAAAGCAACUGAUUGGCUGCAGGCAACACACAAUCUUCCUUCUUUGGUGGAGUUACACUUGUCAGGAUGCUCUCUAAAUAAUGGUCCAUCUCCAAUCAGUGUUAAUUACACAUCUCUUGCUGUUCUUGAUCUUUCUCAAAACAUGUUGUCUUCGGUGACAUGGAUAUUCAAUCUUCGUAGUCUUGUGUCCAUUGAUCUUAGCUCUAGUGGAGUUGAAGGUAUGAUUCCCAGUGGCUUUCAAAACAUGUCUUCUCUCAAAUUUCUUGAUCUUAGUUGGAAUUCAUUCUCUUCAUCAUCGACACUCAACUGGUUGUCUGAUUUAAACCAACUUCAAUUCCUUAGUCUUAACAGUGUCGGCCUGCAAGGUAAUUUUUCAAGUGCCAUUGGAAACUUAAGCUCUCUUACUCAUCUUGAUUUUUCAAAUAACCAGCUUGAGAUUGAACCCAAAUAUUUGGAAAGUCUUUGCAAUAUGAGGGAGAUGGAUUUGUCAAAUAAUACAAUUAAUCAUGAGGUCUCAGAAAUCAUAGAGAGUUUGUCUAGAUGUAGUUUGGAUCGAUUAGAGUCAUUAAAUAUUGCAUCUAACAAACUUUCUGGCAAUUUCCCUGAUCAACUUGGCCAAUUUAAAAAUUUGGCAUACCUUUCCCUUUACCGAAACUCCAUUUCUGGUCCCAUUCCAUUCUCGAUAGGUAAGUUGUCAUCAUUGAAAUUUCUUGAUGUUUCAUACAACAGAUUGAAUGGAACUCUUCCUCAAAUUUUAGUACAACUUGGGAAUUUGGAACAUUUAGACGUUAGCAAUAAUAUGUUGGAAGGAAAUAUCUCAGAAACACACUUUUCUAAUCUCACGAUAUUGAGAUAUUUUUGGGCAUCUAACAACAUGUUAACGUUUAUACCAAACCCAAGUUGGAUUCCUCCUUUUCACUGUGAAGGUAUUGGACUAGGUAACUGGCGUCUUGGUCGGCAAUUUCCUCAGUGGCUACAAUUCCAAAGGAACAUGUAUAUUUUAGAUAUCUCCCAUGCUGGAAUUUCAGGUGUCAUUCCCACUUGGUUUUGGAACCUUUCGACUUCAUUUGAAUAUCUAAACCUUUCCCAUAACCAAUUAGUCGGGGAGUUUUCAUAUUUACCGAUAAGUUGGAUUGCUGACUUGAGUUCCAACCUAUUCACAGGUCCAUUGCCACAGGCAAUAUUCUCAGAUUUGGGGGAUUUAUUUUUGUCCAAGAACUUUUUUUCAGGAUCACUUUUUAAUUUUCUUUGUAAUUCCUCAAAUAACCUGAAAGUUUUGAACAUUCUUCACGUUGAAUCAAAUCUUCUGUCAGGUGAAAUUCCAGAUUGUUGGGAAAAUAUGCCAAUGUUGGAAGUCCUAAAUUUAGGAAACAACAGUCUAACUGGGAAAAUUCCUAGAUCCUUGGGAUCUAUGCGUCUUAUUGAGUCAUUAAGCCUUCGUAACAAUAACCUGUUUGGAGAAGUACCAUCCAUAUUGCAGCAUUUAGUUAAUAUGCUUGUUCUUGAUCUUAGUGAAAAUCAAUUGACGGGAAGUAUUCCAGCAUGGAUUGGAGACAAGCUCUCAAACCUUGUGAUUCUAAACCUCCGUUCAAAUAACUUUCAAGACUAUAUUCCUGAUCAGAUUUGUGCUCUUAAUUCUCUUCAUGUCUUGGAUCUUGGUUAUAACAACAUUUCAGGAGCUAUUCCAAAAUGUUUUAGUAACCUAAGUGCCAUGGCCACAAACCUCAACCCACACGUGGCUAAUUGGUUCUCGAGAUUCUACCCUGACAACUCGUUUCAUUUUAGUGCAUUAUUGGUGAUGAAAGGAAGAGUGGAUGAAUACAGUACCACACUCGGACUUGUUACCGGCAUAGACCUUUCAGUUAACAGUCUCACAGGAGAGAUCCCCAAAGAACUUGGUCAUCUCAUGGGACUGUUGUCAUUAAAUUUGUCAGGGAAUCUCCUAACUGGAAAGAUACCAGAGACCAUUGGUAAUAUGGAGAUGUUGGAAUCUCUUGACUUGUCGAUGAACCGACUCCAUGGUGAAAUCCCUUCAAGUUUUUCCAAUUUGAAUUUCUUGAAUCACUUCAACUUGUCCUACAACAACUUGACAGGACAAAUCCCAUCAAGCACCCAACUCCAAAGCUUCGACAAUUCUUCUUACGUUGGCAAUCAUCUUUGCGGACCUCCAGUCACUAAAAAUUGCAACAAAAAUGGCGGAACGCCCGAUGUUACAAAUGGGGGUAGUAGUGGAGGAAAGAAAAUAUCUGAGGUGAAUUGGCUUUAUGUGAGCAUAGUGCUUGGAUUUGUGAUGGGGUUUUGGGGAGUAGUGGCUCCCCUAUUUUUAAUCAGGUCUUGGAGGUUUGCUUAUUAUAAAAAAUUGGAGCAAAUUGGUGACAAGCUGUACGUGUUUUGGGCUACUAUUGGUAUGUAAUUAUUUGUAAUGGUAGCUCACUUCGGUGUGUUUGGUAAUGUAAUAAUUUGAUUUGCAUGCUCUUUACUUAAUCCAUGUAUUCUGAUUUGGAAGUGAUAUUUCAUGUUAUAAUUUAUUAAAAUGAAAUAAAAUUAUGUGUGUUAAUGUAUUUGACUCAUAAAUAUGUGUUGGAGUUUUAUUCAAUAUGAGUUGGGUGCCUUUUUUU